UCUGUGCUUCGACGCCGGGGUGGCCCUGCUGCUCGAUCAUGGCGGACGAGGAGUUGACGGAGCAGGGAUCUGCGAAAGUGGAAAUCCUCCAGAACGGAGACACGCACGACCUGAAAGACGAAGUGGAACCUGCCGAGGAGGCUUCGAAAAAGAAGAAGAAAAAGAAGAAGAAGGGCAAAGCGGCGGGCGCAGGAAGCAAUGAUGGGGAAGGAGAAUCUGACAUCAAUAAAGUGACUAAACAAUUGGAGCUGCACACACUGGAUGACCAGGAAAAGGAUGACGAUGGCGAGGAUGAUGGUGAGGAAGGAGAUUCUGCCGGAAAGAAGAAGAAAAAAAAGAAGAAAAAGAAAGGACCCAAAAUGCAGACAGAUCCUCCAUCAAUUCCUAUCUGUGAACUUUAUACAAGUGGAGUUUUCCCCAAGGGACAAGAAUGUGAAUUCCCAACUUUACAAGACGGCCGCAGUGCUGCAUGGAGAACGAGCAGUGAGGAGAAGCGUGUGUUGGACCAGGCCAGUGAGGAGAUGUGGAAUGACUUCAGGCAGGCAGCAGAAGCUCAUCGGCAAGUCAGGAAGUACGUCAUGAGCUGGAUUAAACCAGGCCUGACUAUGAUUGAGAUCUGUGAGAAGCUUGAGGACUGCUCUAGGAAAUUAAUCAAAGAGAAUGGUCUGAAUGCUGGUCUUGCUUUCCCUACUGGCUGCUCACUCAACCACUGUGCUGCGCACUAUACCCCCAAUGCUGGGGACCCCACGGUGCUCCAGUACGACGAUGUCUGCAAGAUCGACUUUGGCACACAUAUUAAUGGUAGAAUCAUUGACUGUGCCUUCACUGUCACCUUUAACCCAAAGUAUGAUAAACUGCUGGAAGCUGUUAAAGAUGCCACAAAUACUGGAAUUAAGUGUGCAGGAAUUGACGUCCGUCUGUGUGACAUCGGGGAGUCCAUUCAGGAGGUCAUGGAGUCUUACGAAGUGGAGCUAGAUGGAAAAACUUACCAAGUGAAGCCAAUCCGGAAUCUCAAUGGCCACUCAAUUGGACAGUACAGAAUACACGCCGGCAAGACUGUACCUAUUGUCAAAGGCGGUGAGGCAACCAAAAUGGAGGAGGGAGAAGUGUAUGCCAUUGAGACCUUUGGAAGCACUGGAAAAGGGAUGGUGCAUGAUGACAUGGAGUGCUCACAUUAUAUGAAAAACUUUGAAGUUGGACAUGUGCCAAUCAGACUCCCUAGGGCCAAGCACCUGCUAAAUGUCGUCAAUGAGAAUUUCGGCACGCUUGCGUUUUGCCGCCGCUGGCUAGAUCGUCUGGGUGAAACAAAGUACCUGAUGGCGCUGAAGAACCUGUGUGAUCUGGGCAUCAUUGACCCCUACCCACCUCUGUGCGACACCAAAGGCUGCUACACCGCUCAGUUUGAGCACACCAUCCUACUGAGGCCAACCUGCAAGGAGGUGGUCAGCCGUGGCGAUGAUUACUAGAGCUCGGGCUCACCAAUUUCUCAAAAUUUCACAGACACAUUUAUGUGCUCUGAUGGGCUGGGUGGGGGCUAAAUGGUUGGCCUGUACCUGUUGAGUUUGAAUAUUUGUGGUAUUUUUGGGGGUGUCAGGCAGCAAGGCUGAAUGAAUUUUGCUCUUAGGUGUUGGCCUUCUGUAUUUUGGAAAAUUCAGGACAAACAGCUCUGUGCUCUUGCUCUCCACUUAUUGAGCACCCUCAAGAUUAGUAAGUGUAAAAUUUUGAAAAAUUGGUGGUCAUCUAUUCAUAUAUAAUGCCAUAUUAGCCCAGGGAGUACUGAGGUCAAGCUGUAUUACUACACCACCAUGCAAAAAAAGUAUUUAGAAGGGUGAAGAGAAUUUCAUGUUCACUGAUUAUAUAUAUAUAUAUAUAUAUAUAUUUUUCUUUUCCUUCUUAUUAGGAACAGCUUUGUUCCUCCGCAGCUUUCAGUUGUACCCUCAUUCAAUUUAAAUUCUCUUUUCAGCCAGUGGGCAGAGUCAUAGGACACUGCACAGAUUGGAUUGCUUUAAUUCCUGAUCACAGGAAUAAGCCAUUAAAACAGUGUAGAUACAUCUUAAACAUGCAGUUGUGCUUUGCUGCCUUUAGGGAAAAGUAACGCUUUCCUCACUUGGACUAGAGCUGGUGAUGAUGCAUAAUAACCUUGUAUGUGUUUUGAGCUGAAAUCAGUCACACCUCUGGAUAAAGCACAAUGUAGUGUUUUAUUUUCAACUACAAAUAAAAUUUGUAAGAAAUUAUUACUUAAAACAAA